UUGUAAUUUAAUCUGAAGACUGGGCCUGAUACCUUUGCCUUACUAUUUAGCAAUCUGUAUAUGAGGUGACUUUUCACUGUCAACACAGAGAAAGUCAGAGGAUUAACAUGAGGUGCAAAACUCUGUUCUUGGGAUUAUCUUGUCUUCUUUUUGCUUAUUACAUUUAUGCACCCAUACCAGAAAAUAUUGAAGAACCCUGGAAAGUGAGAAUCAUAAAUGCUGUUAUGAAAAUAUCAUCACUUAUGGCCACAUUAUUUGAAAAUAUGGGUAUUAUGAAAUUUGAAGAUAUUUUCUUUGGGUUGAUGAACCUUCAAAACACAAAGCCAGUUUCGGACGAAAACAUUACAGUGAUCGACACAGACUUUGGCGGCAUUCCUGUCCGUCUGUUUUUGCCGAAAAAGAAGUCUGACAGACUCAGACCUGCUGUCAUUAACAUUCAUGGUGGCGCCUUCUGCUUAGGGAGCUACAAGAUGCUGUGCUACGAUUCCUUGAACCGACUGACAGCCAACAGACUUGAUGCUGUUGUUAUAGCACCAGACUACAGAUUGGCUCCUCAGUAUCUGUUCCCAGCUGCCCUUGAAGAUUGCAUUUUUGUGGUCAAGUUCUUUCUCCAGGAAACAGUUCUUGAAAAAUAUGGAGUGGAUCCUUCUCGCAUCUGCAUUUCAGGAGACAGUUCUGGGGGCACCUUGGUAGCGACAGUGACUCAACUGCUGCAGGAUGAUCCAGAAUACAAAAACAAGCUUAAGGCACAAGCCUUGUUGUACCCUGGACUACAGGCCAUUGAUACCAUGACGCCAUCUUAUCAAGAGUAUGAACACGGCCCCUUUCUGUCAAGGAAGAUGGCAAUUAAGCUGUCAUGUCUAUAUAUAGCAGAGGAUGAAGAGCUAACAAAGGCCAUACUGAGAAAUGAGCACAUGCCUGAAGGAUCAAGACACCUGUUCAAACGUGUUAACUGGAGCGACUUCCUUCCUGAAAAGUAUAGAAUGAUCCAUGUUUACAAGGAGCCCAUUUUUGGAAAACUGAACACUUCCUACCCAGAACUUACUUACAGUAAGGUGUCUCCUUUGAUAGCAAGUGACUCCCAGUUACAGAGAUUGCCAUUAACUUACAUCCUCACGUGUGAGCAUGACAUCCUGAGAGAUGAUGGACUUAUUUAUGUCACCCGACUCAGAAAUGCUGGAGUUCCGGUCACGCAUGACCAUGUGGAGGAUGGGAUCCACGGAGCCGUGUCAUUUGCCACAGCCCCAGUUUAUUUAAAUCUAGGUUCGAGGAUAAAAGAUAAGUAUAUUAGUUGGUUAGAAGAAAGCUUAUAAAUCAAUGGUACGCCCAGCUAGGCAGUCAAUUAGUUAGCAAUGUUACCUGAAAGUUAUGGUUCAAUGUAUAUUAAAGAGUUUAAACAUGAUUUGGACUUUGGAUAAACCUAUUUGCAAGUUAGAAUAAAUGUGGUUGAGCA